UCCUCGGCUCGCGUCACGUGCCUGGCGUCGACGGCAGACUCCUCUGACAGGAACUGGUGUGCAGUCUCUCUGAACAGGCCGCCCAGACAGAAGACACAAGAGCAGUGUUGGGUCAUGUCAUUAAAGAUGGAAAUGGAUGCCAGUGGGGUGUCCAGGGCACCCAUCUCUGUUCUGCCUGCCGCUGAGGUCAAAGCCAGCCUGAAGCCAGAAGCCGAUAAACCCCGGUGCUCCAGCACCCCCUGCUCCCCCAUUAAAAGUACUGUCUCGGGAUACCAGAUCCUCCACAUGAACUCCAACUAUCUAGUGGGCUUCACCACCGGUGAGGAGCUUCUCAAAUUAGCCCAGAAGUGGUCUAGCCCUGAUAACAGCAACACAGAGGCCUUGCCCAGCCCCAUCAAAAAGCCUGUGGAUUUAAGCCUGCACCGAGCCUCGCGGAUUUACAAAGCCAAGAGCCGCUACUACCAGCCGUAUGACAUCCCAGCCAUCAACGGACGCCGGAGGCGGCGCAUGCCCAGCUCGGGCGACGGCUGCUUGAAGGUGAGCGGGGAGCCCAGCAAGGCCUUACACGGGCCCCUGCCCCUCUGCCUGCUGAAGGGCAAGCGGGUGUACUCCAAAUCCCUGGACUACCUCAACCUGGACAAGAUGAGCCUCAGGGAGCCGGCGGACACUGAAGUGCUGCAGUACCAGCUACAGCAUCUCAAUUUGAGGGGCGAGCGCGUGUUCACCCGAAACAAGACAUGAGUUCUCAGAGACGUCCAGCCGUGAUGUAGGGCCUUGAUUUUUACCACUCUGAUUAUAGGCAGGUCACUACUAAACUAGGGUGACCAUACGUCCCAUUUGUUUUGGCCCUGUUUUUCUGUUUUCAUACUUGCUGAACGUAAUGAUUGAAAAGUAGUUUGACCAAUAACAUGCAGGCAUUGUACAUAAUGGACCAAUCAUAGCGUGUGAGAAGGUGGGAUCUACGUAGAAUGGUCAAAGUAAAUAUUUUAGCCCGGAAAAUAUGGCAUGUAUGGUCACCCUAACUAAAGCCCAAAGUAUACUUAGGUUUUUAGCGUACGCGACAGUCUAUGUUCAGUGUGCGUGAUGCAGAUUUUGUCACCAGAAUAAUACCAACGUACUGUAUGUGCACGCCACCAGAGUUUUUCUCUGCACGCUCAAGUAACACGUGCAGUUUUGCACUAAUCAGUUGUUCCACAAGGGGGCAGCACUGGCCCGGGCUGUUGUCUCACAGUUUCAAACUAAACUAGACACAGAACAUCAACAAAAUAGUGAAGACUGCAACAACAACAGACUGAUCUUUAGAUUAAAAAAGUACAAAGAUAUUUUUAGAGUUCGUAACGUCUGGAGAAAAUAGCGCAAGAUGACCCCAUCAAAUGGAGUAUAGUUUGAAAAAGCUCUGCCUUAGACUAUACCUGUAUACAUUUAAAAGCAAAGUGUAGUUUGGGCUCACGGCAUCCAUAGACCACUAAUCUUGUUUGUUAACCAGAGAAGUGAUAAAGCACCAUGAGGCCCAGUUAAGAGAAACUAAAGGAGUAGUUCGUUGAAAAAGACAAAUUCUGUCAUUCUGUACCCACCCUCAUAUUGUUCCAGAUUUUUGGAGAAACUGUAUGCAGCUCUUUCCAUACAACGACAGGAAACGGUGACCCCCUAUGGCUUUGUGUGCCAUAUUCUAGAUUUACUAAUUAGUGUGAGAGCGCAGUCACCCCAUAAAAGUGCUGAUGGGAGAGGAAGUCUGCGCUUGAUCUACUGACAGUGUACAGACACAGAUCACUUCCAUAAUGAGCAAUGCAAUCUGCCAAGAGCAGCUCAGUUCAGCAUAUCACAGCCAUGUUAAGAGCAAAAUGGCUCAAGACAUGCUUUCUUGUUUGUUAAAUAAUGACACAGAUACCAGUGAAUAGACUACUGCAAUCUGUUCAUUUAAACACUCUCCUCCCAUAAAUGUUGCGUCUGAAAGGGAAACCCCUACAAAUGCAUCUGCAGUCAAGUCAGCUACAAAAAUUACUUUUCUGGGUGUCUUGAGUAAAUUUGUUAUUGAUAUCUGCUGUUGGUCUGAGAUUUAAUUUGUGUCCCGUGAUUAAAGACUCUGAUUUGAGUCUGUUGCACAAAACUAGCAAGAGACUUUGGAAGACUUGGAUUAUAGCAAGCAAGAGUUAUAGUAUAGAGCUGUAGUAUAGACUGCUUUAAUGGUUGGACUGCAUUUGAAUUAUUUCAGGUUUUUCUCCUGAAAUCAUGCAGCCCUAACCAAAACUGACUUUGUAUGAAAAUGAACUGCAUUAAGAAACAUUCAAAAUUCUUCUUUUCAGUUUGUAUAAAUCUGAGGGUGAGUAAAUAAUGGCAUGAUCACUAUUCCUUUGUCCUCACUACAAAUCAUUGUAAAGUGUAUCGGUGCAGGGGAUUCAUGCAUAGUGUCGUUUUUCAGGAUUAGCAAUAAAUGCUGUGGCUUUCUUAUUGUUAUGUGUGAGUGUGAGUGUGUUCAAAACACUUCAGUCUUUGUGAAACUACAUGUAGUCUUCUGUUCAUUCGAUCAUACGCUUGUGUUAUUCUGCUUACUUCAGUAACUGGUGUCAGGUGAGGAUCUCUACUGUUACACAAUCCAGACUCUGACAGGCUUAUCUCUGAGAACCCAAACUAGCAUUAGCAUAGAGAAACCAUUAAUGGCCUUUUCAUUUCUCUAAUCGAUGCUUUCCUGGAGACUCACCGGAUCGGUUUGAAUGACACUGAAUGCCGUGUUGUUUUUGGAAGAAAUGUGUGCGGUGAUGAAGCUUGUGACAUUUAUUUUUCCAUCCCCCUUCACAGUGCACAUAGCUGAUAACACUGCUAUAAAAACCAAAGUCCAGGGGAUCUUGAUGAAUCCAUUUAUGAACAGCAGACAAUCUUUCACGGUGUUACACGAUAAGCACUAACAACAGUUUGUGGGAUUUUAUUUCUCCUUGUUUUGACGACAGUGUUUUUAUAUGUGUCCAUUUGCUUUCUGAAUGUUUAAUAAUCUUUAUCAUCGUGGAAGAUAUUUGUUCUAACCUUUAUAAAUUAUUACAUGCUCUUCAAAACUCCUUCUUCUAAGUGUUUAGUUGAACCCCUCGUGCAUCAUCUUUUUUUCUUCUAUAUCUUCCUUCUGUAUUUUUGAAUAAUGCACUGAUUUAUUCUUUUGUUUCUAAUCUAAUCUAAUCUUGAUGAACUGUCAUAUUAUUUUAACGUUUCAGUCAUCUAACCACCGAUGGCUAAAUGACAAACAUUAAAAUAAUAUUUAGGAAUAUGCUCUAAAAAGCAGCUUAGGUUCGUUCAGUUUAAUAUAUUUAUUAAUUGUGAUGUGUUGGUGAUGUUUUAUUACAGUAUUUCCAAAGUUUGUUAUUUACAUAUUGGAUUUUUAAUUUAAUUCUAAUUAAUAGUUCUGUUGUCGUUUGAUUUCCUAACUACAUAGUGUUCACAUUCAUGUGCUAGAAGGCCAUUGGACCACUGUUAAAAACUGAAUUAGUGACAUUACUGGAACAGUGUAAUUUAUUAUUUAUCUUAAACUAAAGUGAAGGAGAUCAAGCCUGCUGCAUAUGAGUUAAACGAUCGGUUCUGAAGCAUCAAGGAAUCAUGUUAAACACCACUGAUCCUGACUCCCAGUCUUAUAUUUAUGCUUGUUUCAGGCUGCAGUCAUUUCAUCUGAAGUCACUUUGUUUCUGACCCAGUCGAGUCCAAACUCAAAACGUGAGCUGGUUUGAAAGCGUUUGGGGGAAAAAAGCUGUAAGGAGUUGCUACAUCUCGUGUUUUGGGCUAUCUAUGUUAUUUACUGAUUUUUAAGGAAGAAUUGUAUUUAUCAAAUUUUUUUUUUUUUUUUUCGUGAAAUAGCUAAAUUCUCAGCAAGAAAUAUACUCAAGUCGUGACAUUUCAGAGCCAAUAAGGGUGAACUGCCAAGCUUGAAGACCUGUCGUGUGUUGAACAAGUUAAACUGUUGUAUUCUCUAUUAUCAUAAUAAUAGUCAUAAUUUAAAAACCGCUCCUGACUAGGAUACAACCACAUGUUAAUCUCUUAAUGAAUAAAACUGCGUUAUACACCACUACUGGCUGCAGUGCCUUCAGUAAGACAUACACAAGUUAUUCAGGAGGCAUGUCUUAGUUUGCACAUGUAAUAUUGUUGUGUUAUCUUCUGUUCUCAAGGUUUUUAAUGCUUGAAAUAUUCUUUUACCCUCUGCGGUGUCAGACUUCAGUUUUUGUCAAAGUUUGAGCUUCAUUUGAUAUUAAUAAAACACUGUUCUUUGCAUUGUGUAUUUCUCGCAUUGUGUUGACAGCAAAUGAUUGAACCUUCAAUGCAAUCUGUGUCACUCUGGACAAAAGCUUCUGUCAAAUGCAGAAAUAUAAGAGUGUUAUGUUAAUGCAAUGAAGAUCUGAAAUAUGGGCUUAAUUACAUUAUCUGAUCAUAUUAAAACCAUGUUUAAAUGCC